GAUAGUGUUCGCGAUUACAUUGCUGCACAAGGUGUUGGGGCCAUUUUUGUCUCACUGAUCUGACCGGAGCUCUGCGUAACCAAUCUCGAAAGCUGUCCCACUGCGCCUUGCCAAGCCUUCCACGCCGAACCCUCGACAUCAUCGCCAGGACUGUUGGGCCGCGCAGGUCUCAGUAUCACACGUCCGCGAAGGCACCGUCGUUCGCGACGGCAAGAACUGCUUUCGCGAUGGAAUCCAACGGGCUGAAGCGCAAAGACACCACAAAAGGGCCACCACUACGCAUCUUAUCGCUUGAUGGAGGAGGCGUGCGCGGCUACUCUAUGUUUCUGAUCCUCCAAGAGCUCAUGCACCGGACAUUUGUCGAAAUCGAAGGGCGAGCACCGCGGCGAUCCGAGAUCCCAAAGCCAUGCGACCAUUUCGACCUCAUCGUCGGCACCGGCACCGGCGGCUUGAUCGCCUUGAUGCUGGGCCGGUUACGCCUCGACAUUGAGACGUGCAAGGAACUAUACGUCCGGCUUACCCGCAUGGUGUUCGAGACCGACAAGACCAUCGCCGGCAUUCCGUACCGGUCAACUUUGUUCAAGGCGACCAAGCUUGAGGAGGCUAUCAAGGAAGCCGUCAGGGAACACACUAUUUACGAGAAGGAAGGGAAUGACGGGUCGGAUGCUGGAAGCUUCAGCAAUAUGAUGAGUCCCGUUUCGCGCUCGAGCGCCGCACAUCCUCGGAGGAAUCCUAGCAACGCGAGCGUGGUGAGCUUCAGCGCCAAAAGCCCCAGUGCGCAGUUUGCUAGACCGUUGUUCUCACGCGGCGGCGGGAAUCCCAACGCUCGGCUGUAUGAUGAGCGAGAAAACCGGACCAAGACCGCCGUUACCGCUGUUUACAAAGGCACACCGAAAGGCGGGGCGCCCGCCAUGCUGCGCUCUUACGACUCGAGGCGAGAGCCGGCGCCGGAGUUUGACUGCAAGAUCUGGGAGGCUGGGAGGGCGACUUGCGCCAUCGGACUCGCCUUCAAGCCCAUACAGAUCGGCCAGUCCGUAUUCCAUGACGACGGCGCAGGGACCUUCAACCCGUCCGUGACGGCGCUCGACGAGGCGGUAGUGAACGAGUGGCCAGGCCGCGACGUCGGCGUCUUUGUCAGUGUCGGCACCGGAAAGCGCCCAAAGGGUAGCGAUACCAACUCAGCUCUGUGGUAUGAAGGUUUCCUGGGCGAGUUUGCCGAGGCGAGGAGAAAGUUGAUUGCGAAGAUUGAGGGUUGCGAGACGGUCCAUGAGUAUCUGAAGAGAGAACACUUGGCCAAGCGCGGCGUUAACAUCGAGAAUUACUAUCGGCUCAAUGUUGAGGUCGGGGUGGGUGAAUUCGGCAUGAACGAGUGGAACCGGCUGGCCGAUAUCAGCACAAAUACCAGGAGAUAUCUCGCCCGCGAAGAGGAGCAGAAAAUGGUGCAGGGCGCGUCGGCAAAGCUGGCCAAGAUCCACUUCGCAAAGCAGAGGUGGGAACGCCUCAGCCUGUCAGGCCCGGACAUGGCGAAGCCGCUGCCCGAUAUAGCACUGCCUUUCGCUGUCGAGCUACCUGGAGACAUACCCGUCGCUCCCCUCCCCAACACCCCGUCAAGCCGACAGUCAUAUGACUCUGGGCACGAGACCCUACCUCUACGGGGGCCCACACCGUCACCGAGGAGUUCCGGUGAGCCCCCGCGACAUUCGCCCAAACUGAACCAGCAGCCGUAUGCCGCUGCGCCACCGGGCCGCUCAGCCAAGCCACCGGGCGUCACAAGCCCAAUCCGUAACGAAAGAGACGACUCGGACCGCCUGGUGGUCAACGCCCCAACGCCAUCGCAGUACCGGCUCGCGGCAGGGACAGACAAGAUCGCAAUCGUGGGCCCGGACGACCAACCGAGGCGGUUCCAGGAUCAGUCGUCGAUGCAACCACCGCCGCUGCGGGUCGAACCCCCGCCGUUGCCGCCCAAGACUCCGCUUCCGGAGCGCCAGAUGAACAAUAAUUAUGGUCGGGCGUCUGCCCCGGUCCUGCCGUAUCCUACUGACGACGAUGCGCCGCCGGCGGUAAACAUGGCGAGGAAGCCGAAUUACAGCGAUUAUAGCAUCAGAUAGUCCCUGGGCAUCGCAGAGUGCUUUAGUGGGAGGGGGUUUCCUCGUGUGGCGGUGGCAGUUCAGGAGCGUUGGCUGACCGUAUUUUCUAUUUAUGAUUUAAAGAUGGGCGAUAUCCAGGUGUUUUUUGCCAUGUAUAUUCAGUUGAUGAGUCGGCGGUGCACUGGGGCUGUACAGGAGUGUGGAGGGUC